AAAGUAAGAGAGAGAAUAUAUAUUGCUGAGAAUGUGUUGAACGUAUUGAGCAUGAAUUACAAAUGGGGAAAAGGAGUGCUAUUUAUAGUAGUAAUAAAUGUCAGAUAGGGACACGGGUCAUCAUUCUGAUGGUUGAGGGGUCACCUUAACGGGGUGGCACUGACACUCGUAUGUGGCCGCAUUAAAUGCGGUGGUUGGAUGUGACGUUUGUACUCGGUACGUUGAUCCGGCGCAUGUGGGUGAGAGAUUCUGUCGAAGGGAUGCCUUCGGCCGUAGAUGAUUGACCGAAGGCUCUUCAUACCGGGGGCCUCUAGGUGCCGAGGGCUCUAGGUGCUUAGGGCUACUGUUUUUGCCGCUUUCUUCCAGAUACUUUGAGGGCUUUAAAGAAGCUGUACUGUAAGUUUAUGAGCCUUCGGCCAGGGGAUCGAAGGCACCCCAGUGUUCGACGUGUACUGUUUGACAUUUGGGGCGCUGUGAUCUGAGUCUGCUGUACUUCCUGGUCUAUUGGGCCUUCGCUAUGGUCGCUAUGGUAGUGGGAGUCUCUGAAUCGGGGGUUUGUGUGUGUGGUGGUGGGGGGUUGAAAGCUCCGACGAUAAUGGGGGAGUCCGGCACCCUAGCCGGCAGGGUAGCAGGGAACCAGGCAGACAUAACUCCUGUAAUCCACUUCGGGUCUUUCACUUUUUCUCUACCAGGGGAGACGAACGCACUUUGCACCCUACAUCUCGGCUGAGAUGCAAUCUGCCAUUCAACGAAAGCAAUUGCCAGAUCCCGACCGCGACAGUGAAGGCUCCAUCACAUGUAAUCGCGACCAGGCGAGAUCCAUCCUCCCUGCUUCGGCAGGACUUGAUAAUCGGAAAUGCCAGCACCUCAGCCUCUAGGAUGGCCUCCCCAGCGAUGGGUCUCCAAUUUCAGAGCAUGACCAGUCCGCCCAAACGAAGAGAGCCCAUGGAUCACGAGAGCUCAAGGCCCGGAAUGUCCAUCUGCUUCUAGACGGGGUCGCCAACGAUUCGUAUUCGUCGUCGGCGGAAUCAAAAGGCGGCCUUCGCACUUCCAGCGUCUGAGAGACCCUCGCUUUGGUUAGAGACGGAAAGGCAAAGGCUGUUACCCUUGGAGGUUUAUUUCAGCAAACAGAGGACAAAUAGGCAACAGGGGGCUCCCAGCUGAUCGACAAUUUGACUCAGCAGCAAGCAACUCGUUUAGGAACGGGCCAACGGGGAAUACUAUUUGAAGGGAGCUGGUGGCAGAAGUUCAAGAAGAAAAGGUGGAAUAAGGAUGUUUUUAGUUGGACCGUAAUUUGCUGGUCUGGUCUAUUCUGGUCUGGUGUGGUUUGGUUUCUUUGUAUUUUUAUAACUAUCCAAGUCUGGUCUGAUCUGGUCUGGUCUGGUUUAGGAGGAAUUACAGUCCAAGUAAAAACAUCUUAAGCUUAGAGGAGGUUUUAAGUAUCAAACUGAUCCUUCUCAACAGAGAACAGAACAAUUUUUAAGUCACUCACAUGGGUUUGAAAUUACUAUUGAGAGUAAAUCUUUUGUUUCUAUAUUGUGGAUUGCAAUACAAUUCGUAUAUCUGAAUCAAAAAUUGGAAUAGUGUCUGCUAUUGAUCUUGAUCUCGAAUAAAUUUCUUGGCUGAAAGAUUCCUUUCCCAAGCUAUUAUCUGAUAAUUGGUCUUGCACUAGAUUUGACUUCAAGAAUUCUCUUAGUAUACUUCGUGAUGCUAAUUUCUUUGGCGGUUUGUUCAGCAUCAUUGAGAAGAAUUGUGACUCUAUUUAUACCGGAGGGAAGAAAUGGAUUGGGGAGUAAUCUUUUUCUUACGGGAAUCAUGAGAGCACUUGCUUUGUUAACAGAUAACACAACCAAGCUGCCAUCUUUGGUGCCUGAUCACACUUCUUGUGAGGAUUUUUCAGUUGUUGGGUGUGCAAACCCAAUUUCGAGGGAUUUUAUUUCAGGUGACCAUACUGAAGUUUUUGAUUGUGAGGAUGAUUUUGGCGAGCAGUUCUAUACACAUUUGGGGGAUGAUAUUCUUGGUCAUGCUUCGGAAAGCAAAAAGAGGGCUCCUAUUUCUUCGGUGGAAGGUCUAUGGGAUUCUGAUACGAAUCAGAAUAUUUGCAACAAAGCUUUGUUGAUCACAAGAGAAAACUAUCUGCUUACAGAGAAUCUAAAUACUCAGAUUAAGAUGUACAGGAAAAAGAAUCAGCAGUCUCAUCAUAUGCGAACUAGGUCCCAAACACGGGUGGAAUACUGAUUACUAAACACAGAUUCAGAGUUAUCUUGGGAGGGAUUAUAUUGUACCUCAGGUUGGGGUUUCUUGUUGUUUCUUUCUUUUUUUCUCUGUCUUGUAACUUCUUUCAUUACCAUUAAUAAAUAAAACUACCUUCGU